AUGGCCUCACCUUUCCUGAGGGACGAAGUCUCAUCUCAUCCAAGAGGUGUGGAGGCAUCACCACCUGACGAUUUGCCUGAGAAUCAGAAGGCGAACGCUGGCACCGACUCCCAGACAACCCCAAAACCAUGGGAUACCAUCGUGAAAUACCAAACCUCAACCAAUGGUGCCGAAUCGUCCUGGUGGCGGAACAUUGGCCCACUCCUUGGUCGGCUGCUGCAACUAACAGGCUACUCUGUGCCUAUGCAAUUCGAAUAUCUACUCUUCGCGCGGAAUCACAUUGUCCCCGCUCUCGGACCGUAUCCGCAGCGCUGGCCAAGCGUUAUGACCUAUACCGACCUGCCGAUUGAGAUGAGCGUUAAUUUCCAGGAUCACCAUGCAUCGACCGUUCGUGUGGGCAUUGAGCCGAUCUGUGAGUUUGCGGGAACAUCUCGUGAUCGGUUCAAUCAGACUGCUACGGAGCGGUUGGUUGGUCGACUGUCUACAUUGGGAGGACUCGACCGCAUGCUGUACCAUCAUUUCGUUAGGGAUUUUGGAAUCAGUGAGACGGAAACGUUGAAGGUGAAACAAGGGGAGUUUGAGAGGGACUCAGUGCAGUCGACGUAUAAUAUAGGGUUCACCUUUGAGAGGGUUGGGGCAGCUAGUGUGGAUACGAAGGGGUAUGCUUUUCUCAGGCUGAAGGAGAAGGCGUCUGGCGUGCCUAUGCAACGAUUACUCCGUGAAUCAUUGAACCAGCUAAAUGUGACGGCAGAGAGAAGAGACAGUGAGGCAGUUCAGAAGGUGAUUGAGUACAUGGAAGAAGGCGGGGGAUUCAAUGAGUACACAUACCUGGCUUGGGACUUUGUCGAUUCGGCCAAGUCCCGAAUCAAGGUUUAUGGGGUACUUGGAGAUCUAAGGAUGGAAAAAGUAAAGGAGGUAUGGACCAUGGGUGGAAGGCUGAAGGAUUCGGCUACGAUGCAGGGCCUGGAGUUGGUCCGACGGCUAUGGGGAUUUCUGGAGGGCAACGGUCAACAAGGACAACAUCCUUCUAAGGCGCCAAUACUGAUGUGGAACUAUGAGAUCCGACCGGGCCGCGACGAGCCCAUCCCGAAGCUGUACCUCCCACUUCUUGGGAGGAACGACAUGUUCGUGGCCAAGACGCUGGCGCGCUUCUUUGACUCGCUCGGAUGGGCGGACGAGGCUCGGAGCUAUGUGGCUAACGUGCAGUAUCUGUUUCCGGAUGAAGACCUCGAGCAGUCUGCCCGGCUUCACUCGUGGGUGUCGCUAGCGUAUACCAGCCAGGCGGGGGUCUAUGUCGUACGCCUGACCAGAGCCGAGAUGGGGACUAAUUCACCCCAUGGCACCCCCGCGGAGCUGAGAAGCGAUGGAUAA